AUGGAGUCGCCCAACCUCCUCCUCCUCCUCCUCCUCCUGGCGGUCGCCGCCUUUGCGGCAACUGGCGACGCCUACGGCAAGUUCCGCCACCUGCACCUGUAUUCCCGCAACUCGGAACCGGCGCGGUCGGUGGAUCUGCACCGGAACAACAGCUUCGGCAACAUCUUAGCGUUCGACAACGUGCUUCAGGAGGGACCCGAUCCGAGCUCGCGGGUCAUUGCGCGGCCGCAGGGCAUGGCGGUCAUCGCAGAUUUGACUGGCGCCAACGCCUUCACGGCUUACACCAUUACCUUCAUCGCCGGCGAGUUCAACGGGAGCUCGUUGUCGGUGCUCGGCUUGACGACGACGACGGGAGUGUCAGAUCGAAGCAUCGUCGGCGGCACUGGAUACUUCCGCACGGCGAGAGGCUACAUUUUGUCACAAAAUAUUGACGUGGGAAUGGAGGAUUACAACAUUUACAUAACGUUUUCUUAA